AUGAAACGUAAAGAAAGAUCUGGUCCAAUGGACACAUUUAUUCUAAAAAAGAUCAACAGUAUUUCAACUGCUUCAAGUACACCAAAUAAAUUGGACAUUGAUUUUACCUAUCCAUUUUCACUACAUUUGAAACAAGGCAAACAAGAAAAACGUUUUUUAAGACCAAAUCAUUUUGAAAAAUAUCCUUGGCUUGAGUACUCACAUGUAAAGUCUGGAUUAUUUUGUAAAUACUGUGUAAUAUUUUUAGUAUCAACAAAAAGUGGUAGAAGAAAUACUGAGCAACUGAAAAACCUUGUUACUGAACCAUUAAAAAGUUUUGCAAAAUUAACUGGUAAAGAUGGUUAUUUAGAUAGACACAACAGCAAUUUGUAUCACAAAAACUGUAAUCAGUUUGCUAUUGACUUUCAAAAAACUUAUUUAAAUCCUGAAACUGUUGUUGUGAAUAUUUUAGAUUCACAAAGAAUAAAAAUCAUAAAAGAAAAUCGAGAACGUCUUAAACCUAUAUUAGAAACAAUUAUAUUUUUAGGAAGGCAAAAUAUUGCAUUUAGAGGGCACAGAGAUGAUGGAAAUCGUAUGACAGAGUCCAUUGUGAAUGAAGGAAAUUUUAGAGAAAUGUUAAGAUUCAGAAUAAAAGCAGGUGAUACUAGGUUAGAAAAUCACUUAAAAACGUCAAAUUCUAAAGCUACAUAUAUUAGCUAUACUAUUCAAAAUGAAUUAAUUGAAGUUUGUAAAAAAGAAAUAACAUUGCAUAUCUUAAACGAAAUAAAACAGGCUAAAUUUUACAGUAUAAUGUUUGACGAGACGACAGAUAUUUCUAAAAUGUCUCAAAUGAGUUUAAUUAUUCGUUACAUUUAUGAUGAAAAAGUAUAUGAAAGAUUCAUUGCAUUUAUUGAUUGCCAUCAGUAUUUAUACAAGGGACAAACUGUCGAAGAAAUUGAAGAAGGUACUGUUGAAAUUGAACCAAAAAUAACUGGUGAUAUGCUUGGGUCAACUCUACUGAUGGGUGUACAGUUAUGGUAUCAACAACCAAAGGUGCAGUAA